UACUGGGAGGGUUGGGUAACUUUUGUGAAGUGAAGACUACUAGUAAAAGUUACAUUCCUAUCUAGACAGGGUUGAAGAAAGACGUACAAAUGUCUACUGCUGGGAAAACAAUCAAAUGUAAGGCUGCAGUAUGCUGGGGCCCUAAACAGCCACUCAGCAUUGAAGAGAUUGAGGUUGCUCCACCGAAGCAUCAUGAAGUUCGCAUUAAGAUCGUGGCCACUGGAAUUUGCCGCUCAGAUGACCAUGUUAUAAGUGGGGCAAUAAGUGACAUGAAAUUCCCGGUAAUAUUAGGCCAUGAAGCUGCAGGGAUUGUGGAAAGUGUAGGAGAAGGUGUAACUGGACUUAAACCAGGAGACAAAGUCAUCCCGCUGUUUGUUCCUCAAUGUGGAAAAUGCAGAUGUUGCGUAAAUCCGGACAGUAAUUUAUGCUACAAAAAUGACAUUGGUAAAUACAAUGGGAUGUUAUCGGACAACACCAGCAGAUUUACCUGCAAGGGGAAAGUUGUUCACCACUUCAUCAGCACCAGCACUUUCACUGAGUACACUGUGGUGGAUGACAUUGCUGUUGCUAAGAUACAUAAGGAUGCACCGCUGGAAAAAGUCUGCUUGAUUGGAUGUGGCUUUUCUACAGGAUAUGGCUCUGCUGUGAAAACUGGUAAAGUGAAGCCUGGUUCUACAUGUGCUGUAUUUGGUUUAGGGGGAGUCGGGUUGUCUGUGGUUAUUGGAUGUAAAGUAGCAGGUGCUUCCCGAAUCAUUGGAGUUGAUUUAAACAGUGAUAAAUUUGCAAAAGCGAAAGAGUGCGGAGCCACUGAGUGUAUUAACCCAAAAGACUACAAACUUCCCAUCCAUGAAGUCCUGGCACAGAUGACUAAUGAUGGAGUUGAUUAUGCAUUUGAGGUCAUUGGAAACACUACAGUGAUGACAUCUGCUCUUUCAUCUUCUCACUUUGGCUUUGGAAAAACAAUAAUUGUUGGAUUAGCUCCAUCAAAUGCUGUUAUGUCUUUUGAUCCAUUGCUGAUGCUCACUGGACGCACCAUGACAGGAGCUGUGUUUGGAGGUUGGAAGAGCAAAGAUGAUGUACCAAAACUAGUGGAUGAUUAUUUAAACAAGAAAUUUGAAUUUAAGGGGCUCAUAACACAUAACUUGCCAUUUGACCAAAUCAACAAAGGAUUUGAACUUCUGCGCAAGGGAGAGAGUAUCCGUACAGUACUGACUUUUUGAAGACCCCGGUUCGAUGAACUCAAAUUUGUGUCUUAGUAUUAUACAAGACACUCGUUAAUACAUCAAUCAAUUACUAAAUACUAAUGCUGAGAGGUCUAUGGCUAUAAAACAGAAAUUGUUGCUUAAAUGUAUUUCACAAAAUUCUUAAUCCGUUUAUUUUACUGAAUUUAGUUCCUUUUACAGGUUAGCUUUUCCUUUCAUCUGCUUACUUGUACUUAAUUUCUUUAGAAUUGAGCAGGAAAACCGCUACACAUGUGAACAAAGUACAAUGCACAAAGGUGCUCUACAGAAGCUGAGGAGAAAAAAGGGGUAAACUAGAACAUGCCGUAUCUCUCCUGUCAUCGGCUUCUGUAAAGCAACCAUGUGUAUAGUACUACAUUAAUUUAUAUCCAUCACUAGAUAAAAAAACACUUUACUGCAACAGAAUAAUAAAUAAGCAUACAUGUCAUAGUAAACGAUAGCUUUAUGUGACGUGCGGCUAUGUUUUCUUUUCAGAAAAAAGGGAUACGAUGUUAACUAGCAUGUUGAAAAUGUAAUUAACUAAAUGCAUCAUUCAAAUGUAUUACCUUUUAAAUCUCUCUCUCUCUCUCUCUCAUUCAUAUAUAUAUAUAUAUAUACACGCACACUUGGAUGAGUUUAAUUAAACCUGUUUUCAAGAAAUAAGUAAUAAAUAUUUGCAAUAGCUUAGUAAACAAAUUCCUUUUUCAAGCAUAACUAAUGUGACAUAAUGAUUAGUGAUCAUGUGAACAGAGCAGCUGUAUUUGUACAGUAAAUGCCAUCUUUUCAUAUUGUACGGAGGUACUUUGCCAUGAGUGGUAUGGCGAGCGAAGUUUGUAUAAUCUUUCAGUAAAGAAUUUGCAGCCUGAAAAAUGUAUCCCACCUGGACGUUUACGCCUAAUAAUGAGUCACUGUUGGUCUUACAGUUUCCCUCACAGCUUUAUCAACAAAUAAAAAUGCUAAACCGUU